AAGUGAGAGUGGUGGAGCAGUGCGAGAGGGCAGGAAGGGAAAGCGAGAGGGUCGGGGGCUCGGCUUUUGCAAUGCUCUCCGUGCAACCACGUCCGGCUCUCAAGGCAGCAGAGCAGUACCAGCAAGUCAGCAGCGCUGGGAUGCCGGGCACAGAUGAAGGUGGUGUGGGCGACGCUAUUCCUCAGAAGAUGGGAUCUGUCAAGCACCUCCGCCUCCUGCUGUUUAUCCUUAUUCCAUCAGUCUGCGCCCUCAUCUGUGUACUUGCAAUCCUCUUAGCAUUUAUGGGUGGAAUAGGCGAUGGCUACGUUGAUCAGAAUACAAAUGACAUACUUUCAACCAGUGAGACCGAACAUGCAUCUGUGAUUCCUUACAUAAGCUUUGUAGGAAACAGUUCAGGGGCACAAGCAGGAAUGGACUUGGGGACAAUUUCCCCAUUUGUAAUGACAAAAAAUCUCUCACCCGCUGGUGACCAAAAUGGAGAAGACAAGUUGCUUGAGUCAAGUAGAGAACAUUUGACCAUGAAGAGCUUACAAGAGACCGAUUUGCUGCCUUUUACACCAAGUAGCGCAGUCAGUCCUAGUGACACAAGUUCAGACUCGCUACUCGACUUAGAGGACACAAGCUCAUUGCCUAACAAGAGAGAUGGCGCAUUUAGUUCUCCUGAGGUGUCCACAAGUGCCUCUCCUUUCAACACUGCCUUUCCCAACCUCAGCUCUAUCAGUUUGGCUUCAGAUACUGCCCUUGCACUGGAAUCCUUCGAUUUUAACAUCAGCAUUGAUGCCUGUACAACUAUCAGUUACAGCCAGUGUAAAAUACUACCCUACAAUCAGACUGCUCUACCGCCCAAUCUCACAGACUUCAACACCAGUGACUUGGAAAUGCUCCUCUACAUCUUCAGUCAGCUCAGUCAGCUGCAGUGCUAUCAGUACACCAUGCUCUUUGGCUGUAGCAUUGUCUUUCCAGAGUGUACCAACACCACUGAGAGAACAGUAAUUCUACCCUGCAUGUCCUUCUGUGAGGCUGCAAAGAAAGGCUGUGAGCCCUUACUGCUGGAGGUGAACGCUGAAUGGCCAGAGAUUCUCAACUGCUCCUGGUUUGUCAAUGACACAGAAAUGGAAAACACCAGCGGGAUAUGCUUUUCGCCUGAAAAAGGCAAAGCGAAAAUAUGUCUUGAGAAUUUCUUGUGUGGAAGCGGCUUCUGUAUCGAGAGGAAACUGAUGUGCAACGGCUACAAUGAUUGUGACGACUGGAGCGAUGAGGCACACUGCACUUGUGGUGAAAGCCAGUUUCAGUGUGGCACUGGAAAAUGCAUACUCUACAAUAACACAUGUGAUGGCUAUGAUGACUGUGGGGACCUCAGCGAUGAAAUGGGCUGUGAGUGCAAGCCAGAGGUGGGUUUCAGAUGUGGAGAUGGCAGGUGUAUCCUGAAGUCGUGGGUUUGUGACGGAGACCAUGACUGCUCCGACUAUUCUGAUGAGGUUAACUGCUCUUGCAGCGCCAAAGGUAUGCUGGACUGUGGCAACGGCAAUUGCUUCCUAAAGCUCUUCCAUUGUGAUGGUGAAAAUGACUGUGAAGACUGGAGUGAUGAAGUGAACUGCUCUACCUCUCCUACUGGUAAAUGUGAGCCCAUUUCUCUGGAACUCUGCAUGAAUCAGCCAUACAACUCCACAAUCUACCCCAACUUCAUGGGCCAUAGGAACCAGAAAGAGGUGUUAUUAAGCAAGGCAUUUUCUGUGUUCCCAACCCUUGUCGAGACCAACUGUUACAAGUACCUCAUGUUCUUCGUAUGCACCAUCCUUGUGCCGAAGUGUGAUGAUGAGACUCAUCAGGGGAUCCCUCCUUGCAGGUCUUUGUGUGAGAAUUCCAAGGAGCGUUGUCAGAAACUGCUGAACCUGGUUGGACUAUCUUGGCCUGAUGGCACGGACUGCAAUCAGUUCCCAAGGGAAAAUUUGGACAAUCAGACCUGUCUGAUGCCUGAUGAGAAUGUAGAAGAAUGUUCCCCAAGUCAUUUCAAGUGUAACUCAGGAGGGUGUGUGUUGAUAUCAAGCUGGUGUGAUGGACAGGCAGACUGUGUUGAUCGUAGUGAUGAGGAGGAAUGUGAUUGUAUUAAGCGAGGCCUCUGGGAAUGUCCCACUGAGAAGACCUGUAUCGAGUACAGAAUGGUCUGUGAUGGGAUCCAGGACUGUGUUGACAGCGCGGAUGAAAAGAAUUGCUCAUUCUGCAAAGAGAAUGAGCUGGAGUGCAGAAGCCAUGCCUGUGUGCCCCGUAAAGUUUGGUGUGAUGGAUCGAGCGAUUGUCCUGAUGGCUCAGAUGAAUUGAACUGUGUGUCACUGUCAGAACAUGGCAAUUCCUCAUCUCUGCUGGUUGUGCACAGGUCUUCUGCUAACUAUCAUGUGUGCGCUGAUGAUUGGCAGGAGGAGCUGAGCCAACUAGUCUGCAAGCAGCUUGGAUUAGGAGGUACUCUGACAGUGACUCAGCUUCUGUCAGAAUACGACCAGUCGCAGCAGGGAAAGUUGCUUCGCCUAAGUCCUGAUUGGCGGAAUAAGAAUGUUUCAACUGUGCAGGCUUCAUUACGAAAAGGUGAGCUGUGUCAAAGUAAAAGCAAGGUAUCGCUCCACUGCACUAGAGCAGACUGUGGUCUGCGCCCAGCAAUCCGACUCAACAAGAGGAUCCUGGGAGGUCGAAACAGCCGUCUCGGUCGCUGGCCUUGGCAUUGCUCACUGCAAGCGGACCACAGCGGGCACCUUUGUGGCUGUGCGCUGAUUGGGAGUAAAUGGGUUUUGACGGUGGCACAUUGUUUUGAAGACCGCGAGGAUGCAGAUAUCUGGAACAUUGUGUUUGGUAUCAAUAACAUGGAUCACCCAUCAGAGUUUAGACAGGUCCGGAAGGUGAAGCGGAUUAUCUUGCACCCACGGUAUAAAAGGAAGGUUGACGAUUUUGAUAUUAGUUUGGUGGAGUUGAUUGAAGAAGUAACAGAGACCAGUUAUGUCAGGCCUGUCUGCCUGCCCAGCAAGGACCAAGUGGUAGAACCAGAUACCUACUGCUUCAUCACAGGAUGGGGAAACAUGGGCAACAGAUUUCCAGCCAAACUUCAAGAAGGAGAAGUCCGCAUCAUUGGACUUGAUCGUUGUCAGGCACUCUUUGACAUAAAGACCAUCACUUCUCGAAUGUUGUGUGCAGGAUAUGAAGGUGGAACAGUGGACUCUUGCAAGGGAGACAGUGGGGGACCUCUCGUCUGCGAACAGCCUGGCAAGAAAUGGACAUUAUUCGGCCUCACCUCUUGGGGAUCUGAUUGUGGUUCAAAUCUCUUUGGUCCCGGCAUUUACAGCAAUGUUACUCAUUUUGUUGAAUGGAUUGAGAGGCAAAUAUACAUCCAUACUUUUUUAUCUAAAUAAAUCUUUCAAACAACAGGACAUCAUCUGAGCUAAAACAACAGAUGUUGAGAGGUGGCAGCAAAACAAAGACUGCAAACCAUCCUGAAGACCAUUUCCCACCAUCCACUGAAAGCAUUUGGCAAAUAUUCACUAGGAUUAACUGUCUUCAAGUUGGAUCAAUUAUUUCCCUAAUUGUCUCUUAGAAGCAACAUCAUGUUUUGUAAACUGUAAAGGUUGAAAACAUUCAUCCCGUUAUUCUAUUCCAUGGUACCCUGGUACAACAGCCACCUCCGUUCCCCUAAAGCACAGGUGGCUUAAAUGAAACUUAACAGUCCAUCGGCAGAUCUGGCUGGACCUUAUCAAAUCUUAUGCUCCGUCCUCGCCUCCACUAAAUCGUGGUUCUACUCCAAGACAAUCUUGGAAGCUAAGGACUACCCCAGACUCCUCCACCACCUACCGGCUCCUCUGCCCACCCUCUCACGCCUCGCCCAUCCUCACCUCAAAUA